GUGGAAUUGGAGAACCUCCAAAAAAAGAAAAAAGAAAAGGAACGAAGGAAGGAAGGAAGAAGAGACCCAGAUACGCUUGCUAGACAAACAACAACUAAGAAAUCUAGACUUGAUUAAUGAACUACCUGGCUAUGGACAGAGCGUCCGAUACGGCAGCCCAUGAUUUGGCUGAAGUGCGAAAGCUCAUCGAAGGCAUGAAUGCUCUUGUCAACAGUCAGGCCAUACAACAGCAACAACAACAAAGACAGGGUCAGAUUCCUCUCACAAUUCCAGACACAUCCUAUGUGCCACCUGUACCUUCACAUCCACAACAGGAGAGUCAAUUAGCUCCAUCCCCUAGUUCGCGUGUUCAGGAUGGACCUCUUUAUGGUACUGUACCAGAUAUUCCGGCACCACAACCACCACAACCUACUGCUCUCCCCACAAAUGGAACAAUUGUCGAAGUAACACACCUGUUGUUCAACCGGACACUUUACUUCCAACUAACCCCCGAUGCGACGAUUGAGCCGCUGAUUACGUGGUUGAGAGUGUCAUUCAACGACCACUCUAUCUCGGGUAUGGUGCUGCAAUACAAAGGAUUCGAUGGAUUGUGGAAGUGUUUGUUAAACAGAGAUGAUUCCUUGAAGCGCAUCUUGAAACAAAGCCUCAAGGGACCUAGUAUGCUACAGAUGAGAGUACCUCGCGAAGAAGACCUGUUGAGUUCUGGCUAUACCGACCGUCGUCUUCUUGCAUUGACAAAACCAGGUUCAUAA